AUGGGGUCAACGCUCGAUGGCGGCCUUCCUGCUUUGGACCACUUUACAGCACAGCUUUUCGAGGAGUCGUUUCUUGAUGAAGAUGAGCUCAAAAAAAGAGAGGAGGUUGUAGAAGUCGCAAAGCAUAAAGCUAGCCGCAAAAGGGCUCGUGUCGAUAUCUCCAGUAUCGAUCCCGCCAUGUCCGACGACACGUCCGAAGAUGACCGCACGGCGCCAAACACGCCAGACACAUGCAGAGGGUAUAGCGACCUUGGGCAGAAAGCCGGCGAAGAAUGUAGCGCAACCGUGUCAAUUACUGCUGUAGCUGCGCUGGUGCAGGAGAUUGCCAAGAACAAAUGA